AUGGUCCCUGAUCGCGCGGGCCUCGAUAUCGGCGCUCAUUUCGACGAGAAGACGAUGCCGGGCGAGCAGCUUCUUUCCGAUAACGAGGCUGCCCUGGGAUCUCUUGCUCUAGAGCGGCCAUCAUACAUGAUGCCAUCCAUGGUCCUGCGCGUGUCCUGGAUUCCAAAACCCCUCUCUGGGAAGACGGACAGGAUGCAGCUGCGUCAGAUGGCCGCGGCCCUGGGCCCUGCAGAGCUCUCUCUUUACCAGGGGCGGCAGUCCGUCUUCCGCCCUCCCUCUGCCGACACGGAACGGCGGCUGCUUGUGCUGUGGGCCGAGGUCUUGCAGCUGUCUGUCGAGGAGAUCAGUGCGGACGAUGGCUUCGCUGCUCGUGGGGGAGAUUCGGUUGGUGCCAUGCGACUGGUCCGGCGUGCGCAGUCCCAGGGCCUCGAUAUCUUUGUUGCUCAUUUCAAGUAUCAGAGGCUGGUGCAACAGGCGGAAUUGAUUGAUCGCCGAACUCAGGCGGGAAAUUAG